AAACACCAACAAUAUCUCUUUCAAAGCCAACACUACACUCUCCUCAGUUCUCUUCCUCUCUCUAGUUCUACCUUAGCUAAGCUAGCACUCCUAGAAGCCAUGGGUAAGGACAUUGAAGUUGGCCCGCAAGGAGGGUUUUCUGCCAAGGACUACAACGACCCACCGCCGACACCAUUGAUCGAUGCAGAGGAGUUCGGCAAAUGGUCUUUCUACAGAGCCAUCAUUGCCGAGUUCAUCGCCACCCUUUUGUUCUUGUACAUUACUGUGCUUACUGUGAUUGGAUACAAGAGCCAGAGCGACACUCUCAAAGGUGGAGACCAAUGUGGUGGUGUUGGCAUUCUUGGCAUUGCAUGGGCCUUUGGGGGCAUGAUCUUUGUCCUUGUCUACUGCACUGCUGGAAUCUCUGGAGGGCACAUAAACCCUGCUGUCACAUUUGGGUUGUUUUUGGCUAGGAAGGUUUCACUACCCAGAGCUGUAUUGUAUAUUGUGGCUCAAUCCUUGGGAGCAAUAUGUGGGUGCGGGCUAGUCAAAUCGUUCCAGAGUGCUUUGUACACAAACUAUGGUGGUGGAGCUAAUGGACUAGCUGAUGGGUACAGCAAGGGCACUGGUUUGGCUGCUGAGAUUAUUGGCACCUUUGUUCUUGUCUACACCGUCUUCUCUGCCACUGAUCCCAAGAGGAAUGCAAGGGACUCUCAUGUCCCAGUAUUGGCACCACUACCAAUCGGGUUUGCUGUCUUCAUGGUUCACCUUGCCACAAUCCCAAUCACCGGCACCGGGAUCAACCCAGCUCGAAGUUUCGGAGCGGCGGUUAUAUACAACAAUGAGAAGGCUUGGGAUGAUCAUUGGAUCUUCUGGGUUGGACCCUUCAUCGGUGCUGCCAUUGCUGCCUUGUAUCACCAAUACAUACUGAGAGCAGGAGCAGUCAAGGCUUUGGGUUCUUUCAGGAGCUCUUCCAACAUAUAGUUCCAGCCUAAAAUGUCCAGAUGGUGGUGGGAGACUUCGGAAUUUGGAAAUGUAAUUUGUAUAUUAUUAUGUACUUGUCGAGGAUGUCUCUGUGUACGAAGGCACUCGUUUUAUAUUUGCCUAAUGUUGCAUUUGUUAAAGCCAAUCUAAUAUCUUCGAUCCC